UGAUUACCAAUCAACCUUUCCAACUACCUACCUUCUUUUUUUAAAUUAACUACCCGUUGUAACAUGUCUGCUAUUCCCGCACCUACUUGGGACACUCCCUUUGGAGUUAAAUUAUGGCCUAUUUUCGAUACCUUGGUUGCUUCAUUAACCCAUAAUUCUUUUGUUCCAUCCCAAUUCACAUUCGACACCAGAUUACCAUUAUCCACCUUGCCUGCUGUUGUCACUGGUAUCACCACUUACUAUGUUGUUAUUUUCGGUGGUGACUUCAUCUUUAAGAAGUUCCAAAUCAAGCCAUUCGUCUUGAAUGGUUUAUUCCAAAUCCACAACUUGUUCUUAACCAGUGUAUCUCUUCUUUUGUUAGUAUUGAUGGUUGAACAAUUAGUUCCUAUGAUUUACCACCAUGGUUUAUACUACGCCAUCUGUCACCCAAAUGCUUGGUCCCAAGAAUUAGUUUGUUUGUACUAUUUGAACUACUUGUGUAAAUUCACCGAAUUCAUUGACACUUUGUUCCUCGUGGUUAAGCAAAAGAAGUUGACAUUUUUACACACUUACCAUCACGGAGCCACCGCUUUGUUAUGUUACACCCAAUUAAUCGGUCUUACUCCAAUCUCCUGGGUUCCUAUUGUCUUGAACUUGGGUGUCCAUGUCGUUAUGUACUGGUACUAUUUCCUUGCAGCCAGAGGUAUUAGAGUUUGGUGGAAGGAAUGGGUCACUAGAUUCCAAAUCAUCCAAUUUGUUCUUGACUUGGGUUUUGUUUAUUUCGCCACCUACAACAAGAUUGUCUACACCUAUUUCCAACAAUACUUGAAUGUGUUGCCUGUGUGUGGUGACUGUGCCGGUACUAUGUUGGCUGCUUAUUCUGGAUGUGCUAUUUUGUCGUCCUACUUGGUGUUGUUCAUUGCAUUCUACAUUGAUGUCUACAAGAGAAAGGGUUCCAAGAAGGCCAAGAUUGUCAAGUCAGUCAAAGGUGGUGUUGCUGCUCAAGUUAACGAAUAUGUCUAUGUCACUGGAAGAAGUGACACUCCAAAGCCAGAAGGACUCAAGGAAAGAAAGUAGAGUUUUGUCAAAUCUUGUACAGUUAUUUUUUUUUUGUUUCCGCUUUCUAUAGAUUGUAUACACAAUUAAUUAAUUAAUGCUUAAUCGUCAGACUCGCGGGCUCGUAGUACUUGAGUAACGGCAUCCACCACCGUUUUCAGAAUCGGAGUAAAUUCCAACCCCAGUAAGAUCUUACGACUUUGUGCAAUAUCUGGCUCGAUGAAUUGGGAGCUAUCUGGGUUACACUCCGGCAACUUAUCUCUAAACUGGGGGAAAUUUCGCCGGAUAAUAUCAAGCAUGAUAUGAUUAUCAACCAUUUCAGCUUCGACAACGACACGUUUGCCUCUAGCAGCUUCACUCUCCAUCACCAAGAUAUGAGCCUGGGCCAAAUCACGUACAUCAAUGAACCCUGCGCCAAAUUCCGGAAUCGGAUCAUCCCU